UGAAGGGCCCUAAUGAUCGGCAUGUGUCCUUGUAUAAAUGAUUGAACCUGCUCCCUCCCAAGCACUGCCUUUCAGUAUUCAACGCCACAUUCUACACACAGAUCGAUCACAAUGGCGACAUUGAAGAUCCCCUCUAACGUUCCAUCUCCAUCCGAAGACAGUGAACAAUUGCGCGGUGCUUUUCAAGGAUGGGGAACGAAUGAAGGCUUGAUAAUAUCGAUCCUGGCUCAUAGAAAUGCAGCUCAGCGUAAGGUGAUCCGCGAAACUUAUACUCAGACCCAUGGAGAAGAUCUUCUUAAAGAUCUUGACAAAGAACUUUCAAGUGAUUUUGAGAAAGUUGUGCUGUUGUGGACAUUGGAUCCAGCUGAGCGUGAUGCCUUUUUAGCUAAUCAAGCAACUAAAAUGUUGACUUCAAACAAUUCGAUCAUUGUGGAAAUUGCUUCCACAAGAUCUCCACUUGAACUCCUUAAGGCAAAGCAAGCAUAUCAAGCCCGUUUCAAAAAGUCCCUUGAAGAAGAUGUUGCCUAUCAUACUUCUGCUGACAUCCGCAAGCUUUUGGUUCCUCUUGUGGGCAUACACCGUUACGAGGGAGAUGAGGUGAACAUGACAUUGGCAAAAUCUGAAGCUAAAUUGCUUCAUGAGAAGAUUGCGGAUAAGGCUUACAAUCAUGAUGACCUGAUCAGGAUUGUAACAACAAGGAGUAAACCGCAGUUAAAUGCAACUUUGAAUCACUAUAACAAUGAGUUUGGGAAUGUAAUAGACAAGGAUCUGGACACCGAUUCGGAUGAUGAAUAUCUGAAAUUAUUGAGGGCAGCAAUUAAGGGCUUGACCUACCCUGAGAAAUAUUUUGAGGAACUCCUUAGGCUGGCUAUAAACAAGAUGGGAACCGAUGAAAAUGCUCUAACUAGAGUGGUGACAACUAGAGCUGAGGUUGAUUUGCAACGAAUUGCGGAGGAAUACCAGAGAAGAAACAGUGUUCCUCUGGACCGUGCAAUUGACAAAGACACUUCUGGAGACUAUCAGAAAAUUCUCCUUGCACUGAUGGGACGUGAUGAGUAGAGUUCUUACUCUGUCCAGUAGUCAUGGAGUAGCUGUUUGGGCUAUCUGUUUUCCCUUCAUCAUCAGCGUGAUUUUGCUGCGGAUCUCUUGUGAUAGUAUACAGAAUUUGGUGAAUUGCUGUGGUAACUAUGCUUGUGAGAUGUAUGAGCUAUUCUUGUGGUUUUAAAUAAUAUGUUUUGAAUAUGGACUGAAAUUCAAAACAGAACUUUGCCUUCUUAAAUAAAGAAACAGCUAUCAUAUUUCUCUCCUUA